CUGCAAUCUGUUGUACCGCAGGAUCAAUCCAGAUUUUUAAUAGAGAAGAUUCGACAUGCUACACGUUCACCGGAGAUUUAAUACCUCGGUACUGCUGACGCCUCUUACGAUGCCACGCGAUGCUCAAUGCCGGAAGAAAAAAAAAAUAUUCGGAGAACUAUUGGUAAUUUGCACGUUAUUUUCUGAGGACGAAAUGGGAGAGACUUUUUUUUUCUUACAUACGUACGUUUACAAACCUUCGAAGAAUUGUCUAAUUGGCCGAGUGCAGGGGUUCAGUGCAAAUUCAGCUAAUAAGAUUGUAAUAGUUGAAUUCUUCGGAACACCUGUUGCUGUAUCGGUGGGUAACUUGCAUUGUGGAAUAAUUCUAUCGAGCGAUUUAGGCAAUAGUUCGAGACUUACCCUACGGAACAUUAAUUCGGCGGUGUAAAGCAGCUCAUACCCAGAAUAAUAAAGACUGCAGGAAAGAUGAAUGAAAAGACUAGGAUUAACUAUAACACAUAAUAAAAAAGUUAUUGUAAAAACUCCAUAUCCCUCAUCUGGCA